AUGCAAAUCUAAGAUUAUAAAUUUAAGAACGUCAAGAUUGAAGUUCAACUUAGUAUCAAAGAACUCUAACCUAAAUAAGUUGAAGUCCAAUUAUCAUAUAAGGAUUCAAAUGAAUAAAUUUAUAAAAUAAAAAAUCAGUCAAUACCCAUGAAUAAAUAAGAUGAUUUAUGGAUAACUAAUUACAACGCAGUUUUUGAAUUUCAUAAAUACUAAAGUUAUCGACUCGAUAUAAGCGUAGAUGAGAAUACAGCUAUUGGCUACAUUUAAGUAUUCAUCUAUAUUUAGACAAUAGUUUUAAUUGGGAGAAUUAAUACAAAAUGGCACUUUAGUCAAAACAAAUAAUCACUUCAAUAUAAAGCUAGAGGCAAGUUUGUUGCAAAAGGGAACUCUAUUGUUUCAACAUUGGGCUGGAGAAAAGCUGCUAAAUACAGAUGGAAUGUUCAACAAAUCAGAUCCAUUUUUGCAGUUUUUUUAAUGGGAUGAUGAUGAAUGGAAACUUGUAUAUGUAACAGAAUUCAUUGAAGAUAAUUUAAAUCCUUCUUGGGUUCCUUUUUCCAUUGACAUGGGCCUUUUAAAUCUCUAUGAUGAAUACAAAAACUUUAAAAUCGAAUGUUGGGAUCACUCUUAAAAGAAUCCUCCAAGACACAAAUUUAUUGGGUUUAUUGAAUUGUCAUAUCAUGAUAUUAUGCUAUCUCCAAGUAAAUAAUUUGCAUUGAUUAAUCCAGAACAUGUAACUCUGAUUAUAAAUUUUAGAAAAACUGUGGCCAUUUAAAAUUGUUAUCAUGUCAGAUUAAGCACGAAUUAAAUUUUUAUUCUUGGCUCUAAAAUAAGCAAAUUCAUACCUUAAUCUUCAUGGAAUUUAGUAAAAGCUCCAUGAAUAUGCAUGCCAAAUCCCACAAUUAAUUAAACAUCUUUUAAUAGUUUCUUAUUAUUAUAGGAUCCAUUCUAAUACAAUAUAAUAAAUUAAAUACAGCCUCAUUGUAUGGGCUUGGAGGAAAACUGAAUUAAUAAAAUAAAGAAUUGUAAUUUCUCCUUUUCUAUAUUGAAUAGUUUUUUAAUUUCAACUUAAUAAAAUGGGAUUCAAUAGAUCUGUGA